GAUGAGUAAUACGUAAUGCAUGAGGAUCCUGCAGACUUGAUGUAGAAAUGUUCAAAAGUCAAGUACCAGAGGUUUGAAUAAUAAGUAAAUAUUAUAUACUCAGUUAAAAAAAAAAUGUAUAAAGUGAACGCUUAUAGAAGAAAUCGUCCAGUUGCAUGUAAAGACACAGCAUGAAAUAUCAAGCCGAUCGUCUGAGAUUACAAUGAAUUAAAAGGGAUAAAUAGAGCCAAAUUUCGUAUGUCUCGAGUUUUAAAAAAAGACAGGAUGAACAGGAAUGUCGAUGGAAGUACUUUUAAUGCGAUGUUGGUUGAGGGUAACAUCUUGGAGAGACCUAUGAGUGAUUCGUCUGGCAUUGCAGAUUGUGAUGUCAGCUCCAUUUCCAGCGUUAACGAAGAUUUGAUGAACGACAUCCUGAGGGAUUUCGAUUCAACUUUGCAGUUGGAGGAUGACAGAGUGGCCGCAUCAUCAGAACGGUUGCUAAGAUACGUAGAAAAUAAUACCAUUGGCAAUGGAAUAUGUUUCCAGGGCCCAUUUGGAGAUCGAGCAGCGACUUACUGUGACUAUACGGCUUCUGGGAGAUCGUUGAAGUUUAUUGAAAACUAUAUUGACGAACACGUUCGUCCGCUUUAUGCCAACACACACACGACCACAAACGUAAUGGCAAGACAGACAACUCGAUUCCGAGAGGAAGCCAGGGAAAUCAUCAAAACAAGUGUCAAUGCGAACGAAGAAGAUGUGUUGAUAUUUAGUGGAAGUGGAACAACAGGUGCAAUACAUAAACUAGUUGGUGUUCUCGAAAUCAAUAAAAGACGAGCAAAGAAAACAGUAGUCUUCGUUGGUCCAUAUGAACACCAUUCGAAUAUCCUUCCAUGGAAAGAAGCUGGUGCAACGGUUCAUAGAAUUCGAGACACUACCCAUGGCAAUAUUGAUACAAGACAUCUACGGAGCUUGCUUAAGAAAUAUUCCAAUUCGUCUUAUUCGCUGAUUGGUUGUUUCUCAGCUGCCUCAAACGUAACUGGAGUAAUAACAGAUACUCGGUCUAUAACGUCAAUACUUCACGAAUAUGGGGCUCUAUCAUUUUGGGACUAUGCUACUGCAGCACCAUAUUUAGAUAUAGACAUGAACCCUACCUCAAAUGAGCAAAACGGUGAUUUUUCAAAAGAUGCAAUAUUUCUGUCUCCGCACAAGUUUGUUGGUGGUCCAGGAACCCCAGGUAUACUCAUAGCAAAGAGACGAUUAUUCCGUAACUCCGUGCCAACAAACUGUGGAGGCGGUACAGUGCUCUAUGUAACACGGGAUACACACAUCUACUUGAAGAACCCUGAGGAGAGGGAAGAGGGUGGGACACCUGCUAUCGUGGAGUCUAUCCGCGCUGGCCUGGUCUUUCAACUUAAAGAUGCAAUCGGAACCGAAUUGAUAGAGAAGCGAGAGAACGAAUUUGUCAAACUUGCUUUUGAGAAGUUUAAGAAGACACCGGAGAUUGUGAUCCUUGGAAGCACAACGGCUAAACGUCUGCCGAUAUUUUCAUUUCUGGUCCGACAUCCACAAAGCAACAAAUUACUGCAUCACAAUUUUGUGGCAGUUCUUUUGAAUGACCUCUACGGAGUUCAAGUCAGAAGUGGUUGCGCAUGUGCAGGACCAUACGCACAGGAUCUGUUGGGAAUAGAUGAAGAACUCGCUAAAAAAUUUACAUAUUUUCUACUCGACAGCCAGGGCCGAAAAGAAAUCCAUAAAGAUUCCGGCGAUAUAGCAGAAGAGAUGGAGAUUAUGAAGCCCGGAUUCACUCGCCUGAAUUUACCUUAUUUUGCAUCGCAUGAGGUGGUGAAAUACAUCCUCGACGCUGUUGUAGAUGUAGCCAAGAAUGGAUGGAAACUCCUACCACAAUAUUCUUUCAACAAAACAUCCGGUAGCUGGUUUCAUCAGUUGAAAGGUCAAACGAUCAACGGCAAAGACAUAGUUCUUGAUAGUCUUCACAACAAUGAUUACUACGAUGGCAGAUUUAACUGCCAAAGGUGCCCGUAUGAGGUGAAACACGAAAGUGGAAAGGCGCGUUCGCAAACAUUCCAAAAAUACCUGUCAUAUGCAAGAAAAGUUUAUAGGGGUGCAGUCUCAAAAUCACAUGAGGUUACAGUGACUGACUACUGCACUAUUGAGUCGAGUGGUGUAUCUGAGGAACUGAUCUGGUUUAUGCAGCCUCACGAAGCACUUGAGUUAGUGGGCUGUCAGGGACAGUCGACAGAUGUUAAGCUUAAGAUUCCACAAAAAGCGCCAUUUACACCAAAGGGAUACGCCGACGAAAAUGGGAAACCAACAGGUAGUAGGAAGAAACAUUCGAAAUUACCAACCAUCAGCAACACUGCGAAGUCCAGUGUUUGUACUAUCUUGUAGCCGAGUUGAGCCGCACUUAAAACACAGAAUGUUUAGCUACUCUAGCCAUGGAGGUAUAAACUUCCAUGCUCUAGCCAAGGCAGGAGCACAUUAUGCCGCGGUCUUAUUUUAUUAGGUACUCUGUAGUCUGAGCAGUAAUAAGUGCGCAUGUACGUGAGCUGUAUGAGUAAAGCACCAACAUAAUUAUUACUGGUUAUGAGUAUUUGAUUCAGGAGGAGUGUGUAAUAAAUAAGUGAAGGUCGUUAAAAAUGCAAUAAAUUCUAUAAUUCAUAAAUAGGCCUACAUGUUUUAGAUCGUCAAUUUUGGUAACUUAACUUUCGUAUCAUAUAAUUUAUAGUGAAUUUAUCAUCGCAAAAAUAGAUUUAAAGUUAUCUCGCACAAUUACAUAUUUCUUUCAUUUCCAUACAGUAAUGCAAGUUCGACGUCACUACAGCACAAAAUGCAUUAAGUUCGUGUUUAUUUAUAUUCUAUGUUAUUCUUAUUCAGCACCAGGUUGUAUUAAGUUUAUAUGUAGGCCUACUCGGGUCUGUAUAGUGGCCAAAUAAAUUGGAUGGCCUAAUUGUUUGAGAACCAUAUUUCUUAAAAAAUGAUUAAUGUUUAUUUUGUUUUGACAAAGAUUCUGUCGCCAUUUAACGAUAGAAUUAAAAUAUGGCUUAUGAUAUAAUGAUAAGCCUAUAUAGGCUUCCUCGCUAAUUCUAAAAAUAAUAUAAUAAUUAAGCAUAUUAUUAAUGCAUACGGACCCGGAACUUAAUUUAAUAAUUUUAAAGGUUCAUGCAUAAUUCAUGUUGAACAUUUAGUGCUGGGAUUGUUCUUUAGCGAAAACGCCCUAUACGGCAAGAUAUACAAUUAUGGUAUUAAUAUUGUUAUGCUAUAUAUUGUGUUGAAGAAUACAAUGACGUGAUACACCUUUUAUCAAAAGAUAAUAAAUAAGUGAGCAAUAGGGAAUUCUGUGCAAGUGGUAAUGGUGUUAACUAGCUGUAAAUAAAUGUUCAACUUUUAUCACAGUUGUUAUUUAAAAUAUUUAUGUUUUAAAGUAUGCUUUUUUUCAUGAGCUAAUUUAAAUAUUAGAGUUGUUUUCGCAUCAAUUUAUUUGAAUAUAUCCCUGAUUUGUUUCCGACACAUGUAAUGUAGGCCCUAAAUCAAGUAGACAUGCUUUACGGUUUUCAUAAAAUUGCUACCGAAACGAACGAGAGGAAGCUUAGCAUUUUAUGGAAAACCUGGCUAUGCAUAAGGCGUAGGCCUGAACUUGGUCGCAGGCCUGAACUUGGUCGCAGAGUGGUUUUAAUAAAGAAAACAACUGGUAUCAGCUGGGUUUGAAUCCAUGUAUCUGAUUGUGACGGAGAAUGAUCGUCUGAGUUAUCAGCCGGCUGUCACUGAUCGAUUUCAUUAUAAUUUCUUGCGGAGGUAAUUGAAAGUACUACGUAUUUAUUUAAGUAUGUUGCAUUAUGUAUGUAGUUUGCUUUAGGUGUAUGCUGAAUGUAUGUGGGGGUGCAUGUGUGUGCAUUGUAUGCAUGCAUAUGUAUGUAUAUGUAUAUAUAUAUAU